AUGAGCAGCCACCAGCGACCUGCCGGCCGAGAGGACUUUGCAGUCGCCCUCGUUUGCGCCUUGCCCCUUGAGUUCGAUGCUGUCUGCAUGGUAGUUGAUGAGUUCUGGGAUGAGGAUGGUGAUCAAUUCGGCAAAACUGGUGGGGAUCGGAACAUGUAUGUCACUGGGCGUAUCGAUAAGCAUUAUGUCGUGAUAGUAUUGCUAGGCAAGGGAAAGGUAAACUCCGCAACCGCUGCUUCAGACCUACGCACAAGCUACCCAAAUAUUUGCCUCACAAUACUAGUUGGAGUUUGCGGUGCCGUUCCUUCCACAGAUGAAAAUGGUAUUCGUCUGGGCGACGUGGUUAUCAGCGACUCCAUCAUUCAAUAUGACUUUGGCCACCAGACAGAUCAGGAGUUUGUCCGCAAGAAGACCUCUCAUGGUGAUCUGGUACCCAAAGAAAUUCUCAAUCUCCUGGAAAGCCUCCAAACAUUCUUGGGAAAGAGACGUCUCAUGAAAGGUUCUGCGACGUCUAUUGAGGAACUGAAAGAGACUGCUGCUCGACUAGGCCAGCAUGGAAGAUAUGACAGGCCAGAAAAAAGAAUUAUUAGCGCUUCUGGAUCAAUGUCGCAACCAGUGGCCCUGAGAGGACAGAAAGCCGAUCAAACCAUCGACAUACAAGCACCUACUAUCCACUUUGGACCCAUGGCUUCAGGCGAUACGGUCAUGAUCUCUGCUGAACACCGUGAUCGUAUCGCCGCUGCUGAGGAUAUAAUUGCAUUCGAGAUGGAAGGUGCAGGAAUAUGGCAAGAGUUUCCAUGCAUCAUUGUCAAAGGGGUAUCCGACUUUGCUGAUUGUGAGAAGACCAAGGAGUGGCAAGACUAUGCUGCUGCAAUGGCCGCUGCAACAUCGAAAGCUAUCUUGAAGCGGUACAUUCACACCGACAGAAAGCUUACUCCUCCCCCAGGCCAUUCCCUCUUAGCGAGACAACAUGGAUCAAACUAUGGUGGGACGAUUGAGACGGUGCAUGAUGUAAUUCAGGGCAAUCGAAUGCGCGUUUCAUCUACCCAGCCACCUCGAGCUUACGAGCAGGAAGGGUCGUCAUUCAAGGCGAAUAUUCAGUCUGGCGCUGGUGUGCAACAAGGAAACGUAAUGGAAUUUUUCUGA